UCCAUUGAUGUUUUAAUUAGAGCUCCUCAUAUAAGAGUUUCUUGACAUUUGAGGCUUAAAAAUUUCCCGGAGAAAAAAAGAGUUUAUCUACUAAUAUAGAAGUGGAGCUAGUAAUAAUUUUAUGGUAAUGGAAAAAGAGAAGAUGAUGGAGGAGGAGAGGGGAAUAGUGGUAGCAGUGGAUGAAAGUGAGGAGAGCAUGUAUGCACUGUCAUGGUGCCUCAGAAACCUUCUUUCUCAGAACACCAAAGGCAGCACCACUACUCUUGUCCUCCUCUAUGUUAAACCCCCUCUUCCUGUUUACUCCUCCUUAGAUGCCACAGGCUAUCUUUUUGCUGGUGAUGUCCUAGCAAGCAUGGAGAAAUAUACCAACAACUUGGUCAAUUCAGUGAUGAAGAGAGCUGAAGCGGUCUACAGAGACUUCAACACCAACAUAAAAGUGGAGAAAAAAGUAGGAAGUGGAGAUGCGAAAGAUGUGAUCUGUAUAGCAGUAGAAAGGCUUGGGGUAGACAUGUUGGUCAUGGGAAGCCACGACUACGGUUUCUUCAAGAGGGCACUCUUAGGAAGUGUGAGCGAUCAUUGUGCCAAGCACGUCAAGUGUCCCCUUGUGGUUGUGAAGCGCCCAAAAUAUGUUUGAUCAUUGAUGACGAAGGAACAUUAGACCUUCCUGUCUCUGUGUACAGCAGUAUAUAUCUAGGAUCUGCAUAUGUGGCUUUCUUAGCUAUAUAUGUCUGCUAUGUAUUUAGCAAAUUCAUAUGUGAAGGACCAUGGUUAGGUGUAAAAAGCAUCGAAUGAAAUAUGUGUUGGAACAAUCUUCUGUGUAAAUAAAAUAAAUUAAAACAAAGUUAAACAAAUAAA